CGACACAUCGAUUGCUUUUUUUUUUUUUUUUAAAUUAACAUCAGUCAUGUGACCUGUGACGGGGCGUGUUUUACAAACGAGCGCACCCUUUUACCUCAUAGGCAGAAAUGGCUACCACGGAAGUGGAGCAAAGGCGAGGUAAGCUUGCUGCUCUGUCCAUAGCGGCGGUGGUCAUCAUUGUGGGAGUCCCACUAUGGUGGCGGACAACAGAAACGUACCGUGCCUGGUUGCCUGUCAGUCAGAUCAACGAACUGGCUCAACUCCAGCUGCAGUUGUGUGCUGACGUGGAGGUCGUGUUUGCACGUGGCACCGUGACACCGGAGCAGCAGAAGAAGGUGCCGCUGACAAAGACGCAGGAUGAGGAACACCCAGUAGAUGAGAACACAGCUUUGAGGUAUAAGUACGAGAUGAGGUAUCGCACAGCCACAGUCAUGGAGGAGGAUGCUCUGAAACAGCCCACUGCUGCAGAUGCAGAUCUGUCUCUACACACACUCAGUGAGAGUCCGUCUGGUUCUCUGGUUGUAUAUGUGAUCCCAGAGUCGUCUUCGCUGCUGCCUGAGGAUGUAAAUGUUUACAUUGGCCAGCGAAGGACGGCCCUGCUGCGUAUUGGUGCACAGAUGAGAGUGGGCAAGACGCUAGAGCAGUUACUGGCUCACCUGGAGCCUCGGCUCAAACAGGUGCUGCAGGUGAUGUCUUUCAGCCAUGCAGACAUCACCGCCGCCCUCAGUGACAGAGUCCGUUUCAGCCCUGGCAACAAAGAGAGCAUCGCUGACAGCAUGAGAGCCUUCAAAUCCAGCCCAGGCUAUGAGAUAACAUUCAGUCUGUUGAACCCGGAUCCAAAGUCACACCGGCUACGCUGGGACAUAGAAGGUGCCGUUCAGACCUACAUUCAGCUGUUUCUUACAAAACUGUCCCCUGUGGCCAACUUCAGCAUCGACUCUCAGACUUUGUACUACGCCAUGCUCGGUGUGAACCCCCGCUUUGACAGCAGCCGCAGUGCCUACACACUCAACGCUGACAGCCUCGCGCACGUCAUCAACCCGGUGGAGGCUAGACUUGGUUCUAAUGCUGCGUCUUCCAACCCAGUGUUGAAUUUCCUUCUUUACGUCCCGGACGCCCACCACUCGCCCCUUUACAUCAAUGACCAUAAGAAACAGCAAGUGCCUUCUAAUGCAUUUCACUCUCCACGGUGGGGUGGAAUUAUGGUUUAUAAUGUAAAUGAUUUCUAUGGGCCAGAGGCUGAGUUUCCAGUCGACAUUGACAUAAACAUGGCAAAAGUCAUGGGCGUCUUCCUCGCGCAACUUCGACUGUUGCUCGGGGUGCAGUCGCCAGCCCCUCCCGCUGGCUUCCUUGUGGCACAGACCGGUAGUACAGGACUGGCUGACUGGGAGCUGGACCGCCUCAUGUGGAGUCGCAGCGUAGAAAAUAUUGCAACAGCAACCACCACCAUCACAUCUCUGGCCCAGUUGCUAGACCAGAUAGGCAACAUUGUUAUCAACGACAACAUUGCAGAGCAGGUGUCCAGUGCUGUCUCGUCUCUGCAGCUGGCCGUGGCCGAGCUGGAGGCCGGGAAUCUCGGCUUUGCUCUGCAGUACAGCAAAGAGGCCAUCUUGGCAUCAGAGAAAGCCUUCUUUGACCCUUCGCUCCUCCACCUCCUCUACUUCCCUGACGACCAGAAGUUUGCUAUCUACAUACCACUCUUCCUGCCGAUGUGUGUCCCUAUUCUGCUGUCGCUGCUCAAAAUAGUGUCUGAGGCAAGACAGAAGCGCAGAGAAAAACAAGCCAAGAAGGACUAAAGAACCGUUGAGAAGAAGACGGAAUUAACACGAUGCAACUGUUUCUUAUUGAACUUUUACAUUUAAGAUCAAAAGCCGGUGUGAAGAAAUGUUCAUUUGCAGCAUUGAAGUUUGGAUGAGUCAUGUCUAAUUUUUUCUUUUUUUUUUUGUGAGGAUUUAUGUCUGUUUUAAGGUUUUAAUGAGUGACUUAUGGUGACUGUCACACACUGUAACGAAAACUUGAAAUGAUGUAAAUGUGUACAAGUUUUAUAUUUGAACUCCACUUUCUAUUAAGUUAUAAAGAAAUAAAGACCAAAAGCAAAA